AUGCAUUUCCAUGAGAAAAGCCCGUCAGAACCGGGGUUGUUUCAGAACUCUUCCAGACCGUUGCAGACUCCUCUCUCUUUGUGGCUGCAGGUCGGUUCCACCGGAUUUCUGCUCAUAUCGGGUCUGGCGGAGCCCGUGGUUCGAGCCUACUCGCUGGUGACGGAACUGAUCUCCAGGUUUGAGGGCAGCCAGACCCAACGCCCAGACACGGGGGAGAGAGGCGGAUGGGAGUCCCUGGAUUCGCGGCGGGCCUUCAAGACUCUGGUGGAGAAGUGGGAGGACAGACACAUCCUGGACCUGCUGGUGCUGUCUGGGCCCGUGAAAGAGGUCCUUCUGGAUUUGGUGAAAGAGUCCGGCCUCGGCUCCACAGAGGAGAGUCCUGAGGCAGGUGGUCAUACGAAGACCCGCUGGGAUCCCUCUGGCUCUGCCGACCGAGCAGGAGAGGGGGAGGCUGCUGCGGCGGUGUGGGGGGACUCUGGAGGUCUCGAGGGCUCAAGAGGGAGGGCGGAGGGGGCCGAGAGGACACCCCCGCAGGAGGUGGGGGAGGAGGAGUCUCAGGGAGGUGUGAAGGUGCCAGGGAGGCGAUUAGAGGAUCAGGAGGUGCAGUCUUCACCAACAAGCAAGGAGUUCUGGCUCCUUCUAAAGUUUUUCACCGCCAUGGGGUACACAGAAGACGUGGUCCAACGAGUCCUCGCCAGAACUGGACUCAAGGAGGCGUCGCAGAUCCUGGACCUGGUUCAGCAGGAGCAGGACUGUAGUGACCGGCAGCGGAAAAACCGUGAUUUCACCACCCCAGAAGACUCGGCUCUGAACCCGGAGCAGAACCGCCCCUGUGAGACGGAGCACCGAGAGGAGGAGGAGGAGGCGGGGACAGGUGAUAGUAGACAGGAGAGGAGCCGCAUGGAGGGGGAGGAGGCAGCAGUGGAGGAGGACUUUGUCCUGGGGGUGGUGAAGAAGGCUGCUGCAAGCUGCGGGUACGCCGAGCAGAACGUAGCUAAAGCCUACAGCUCGCUGUCUGAAGGCUCCGCCCACCAGCUCCUGCUGAAGCUGCAGAGGGGGCAGGGCGCCAACGCCAGGGAGGGGCCCAGGGAGACCGAGGAGGACACCCUCCCGGAGAAAGAUGGAGCAGCUCAGGCUGAAGAAGGAGAAACGUCUGGGGACAAAAUGGAGUCUGGCAUUUUUGGUAGUAGCCCCCCCCAAACGUUCACUGACCUGAACCCAAAGCUAAUCCCGCCUGAAGUCAAAGGCCCCCCCAUGUCCACAUAUCCCGCCUCCCUUGAUCCCCAACUUCCCAACUUUCAGCCGUACGUAGACCUCAGCCAGCCCCCCAACUGGUCCACACAAGCCCCCCAACCCCAGAGCAGCGCCCCCAAGUAUUCUCACUCAGGAAAUCCACACCCCAUCCCUUCCUCCACCAGCUCCGUCAGGACGAAGGAGCGGCCGGGCUCCAUGCCCCCUCCCUCUCUGGUGGUGACUGGGGAGCAGCGCUUCCUGGAGGGGCUGCAGACCCCCUUUAAACUGAAGCUGACCGACGAGCCCGGAAACCCCUCCCUGAGGACCAUCAUCAUCGACGGGAGUAACGUGGCCAUGAGUCACGGUCUCGGUCACUUCUUCUCCUGUCGGGGGAUCGCUCUGGCCGUACAACACUUCUGGGACCGAGGUCAUCGGAACAUCAGCGUUCUGAUCCCUCAGUUUAGGCAGAAGAACGACUCCAGGACCAAAGAGCGGCAUUUCCUGACGGAGCUGCAGACGGUCGGCUUGCUCAGCUACACGCCGUCCAGGGAGGUCCAAGGAAAGAGGAUCACCGCGUAUGAUGACAGGCUGAUUCUGCAGCUGGCGCAGAAGACAGAUGGGGUGAUUGUAACCAACGACAACCUGAGAGACCUGCUGGACGAGUCGGUGGUGUGGAGGGACAUCAUCAGGAAGAGGCUCCUGCAGUACACCUUCGUGGGCGACCUCUUCAUGGUCCCCGAUGACCCUCUGGGGAGGAGCGGCCCCCACCUGGACCAGUUCCUUCGCCUGCAGCAGAGGGCUCCGGUUCCAGGAAGCCACUCCUUUGCCGGUUUGUCGUCGGCUCUCCCGUCCAAACACCCCCGCUCCCAGACCGAAGUUCUGAACUUCCGUGACCGGACAGCAGGAGGCGCUCUGGGCGCUUCCGAAGAUGUUCUGAGAAGACACAGGUCGCAGGCCGUGCCUGGGCGCGCCCAGCGGGAGAACAGGACUGCAGAACAAACGACUGAGCUGAGGAUGAAGCUGAGCCAGGUCUUCCCCGGUCAGGACAGCACGGUGACUCUGCAGCUGCAGCUGCACCCUGCAGAGACGGACAUCAACCUGCUGUCCAGCUUCAUCCUGGAGCAGAUGCAGUAAAACCUCCUCCUGGUUCCAUCAGUCUCCCCUGAUUUGGGAUUCUGUUUUAUUCCAAAGAAACAGCUUUUUUAAAGAUGAAAGUGUGUGAGGAAAUCAUUCUGGAUGGAAGGAAGUGAUUUCCAUUUAGCACAUGUGAAAGUCACCAUGAUUUUUCCAGAUUAUAUUUAUAAGGAAGUUUGAUAACUAGAAAUGUGUGAUUUAAAUGAAUCACUUUACAAACUCUUUACAUCAUCUGCUUUUACUAUUAAAUUAUUAUUAUUAAAAGGUUUUCAAAGAAGACAUUGGGAAUCUUCUGUGA